UAUUAAUGAUAAUAAAGCAUGCAUAUAUAGUAUAUGUACAGUAGAUUAUUCACUAAGCAAAUGACCAAAAUAAGCCUUGUUCUCCAAACCAAUAUCAACUUUAGAAAUCAAACUUAAUCCUUCUUGGAUAUUUUUGAUGAGUUGAAUUUUUCUAACUGGAAUGUACACUCUGAUCACGUUGAAAGUUGUGUAUUGAGUUGUACCAGCUAACCUAGUUCAUUUAUAUAGAAGUCGUUAUAAUCAUUUUAUAAUAUUACCCUUGAUAUAUCAUCUUUCUACUCAGUUCUUUUAUAUUUGCUAUAAUUAUAGACCCUUCUUAAAAUGUUAUACAUUUCCAAAGGUUGGAGUAAUUGGACUAGUUUCCUUACAUAAGUUUAUAUUUUAUAGUGCUGAAAAUGUUAGGUUUAUAUUUAGCAACUUUUGUGAGAUGUGGAAAAGUGAUGUUUUUUUUCUACUUAACCUGGCAUAUAUACAUUAUAGCUACUUCCUUUAGUGGUGAAUAGUCUAGAUUUAUAUAUUCAGUAAUAUUAAACUUAGCUUCAAUGCCCUAUCAUUUCGUUUUAGUAUCGAAAAUGGGUGAUUCAUGGUUUUCCUUCAUUUAUAUUGAUAAAUCUUAAUUUGAAAUACAAGUGGAACUUUGGUAUGGAUAAGAAGUGAAGUGUAUUGAAGCUAUCGACUUGCCGUUAAUAAUUUACAUUUUUUUUAAUUUUAUUUUAUAUCGUAUAUAUUUUUUCCUAGUAAAGGUGCAGGGAAAACGAAGCGAAACGAGAACACAAAGAUGUUGUGUAGACGCACGAUGACUGGCGUGCGAGAUAUCAUGCGUGGUGGUUCGUUAUUGCGACGUGUGAUUGACUUAUCUACCAAAAAGGUGUCCCCCGAAUCAUUUACAUUGGAAUCUGUUAUUUCAGAAGCGUGUACAGUUGCCGAUGUAGCCUUGCCGCAGAAUCCCGAGACUCAACUAGAAAAUUAUCGGUACUGGAAAAAGCUAUGCAAAGCUUGUGCUGAGAAGACGACUAGCAACUAUGGGGGAAAAUUGCUUCGAGCGCGUCUUGUCACUGCUCUUUCCCAACGUUUUGCCGUUGACGAAAUAUUUCGUUUAAAUGGUAACGAGAUUGAAAAAGAAUCUAUCACAAAACCUCUAAUUGUGAUGGGUAUUCCGAGGUCAAACGGACAUUUUGCUGCGCAUGUCCUUUCGCGCUCCGGUCUAUUUUUGGCCCCACGUCAAUAUGAUACGCUAUCGCCUUCUCUCAUGGUUGAAUCACAACGUAUGCGUGAAUUUAACAAACGAUACGUGGGAUUUCAAUCUAUUAACCCUGAUUUCCGUUGUGUGCGCUUGCUAAAGGCAAACCAAAUAGACGAUGAUUUGACUUUACAUCUCAUGACCCCGCAGUGUUAUGCCUGGGGCCUCCUCCAUGGAUUAGACGAAUACCUUUUGGAAUGUCUCGACGAAGAUCAGACUCCGGUUUACAUGAAUCUCAAACGUACUUUACAACUUUUCCAAUGGCUUAGAAAGUGUGGACACUUUUCAGAUCCUGUAGUACGCGAACAUGAACCUAUUGACAACCCGCUUGAAACUCAAGCCUAUGGCACUAAAAAUUCUAUUAUCAGACCACAGUAUAUACUUUAUAGUCCCUUUGCCAUCUUAAGCUCCGAUGCAAUUAAUGAGACGUUUCCAGACAUGCUAGCAAUUUGGGUUCACCGUGCGCUCGCACAGUGUAUUCCCUCCCUUUGUUCUAGUCUUUGCUUGCACAACUCCCUUUAUACUGGCAAACCCCCCACGGAUUCUCAGCUUGCGAGCAUGGGCGAGAAGGUCCUCGGUAUCUUCGGAUCCGGCACCGAGUAUGCAAUUGAGUAUUACGGUAAGUUUGACCAAAAGCGUAUGGCUCAUUGGUCCAAUCGAGACCUCAAACGACAUGCCACUCGCCUCGCUGGAAAGACGCUUGACUACUUCGGAAUCAAUCUCGACCGCUACCGGCGCAUGCAAAUGAUUGACGGUCAGACAGAGUAUAUAGAAAACUUUCGCCCCAUGCAUGACUCACAGAUGAACUAUUUUUGCUUGCACGAGGGCAUUAUCGGUGAUGUAUUUAACAGCUAUAUAUUCCAGUUUGAGGAGUUUGCCUUUGAAAAGCGGCUUGGUGUAGUGGUCCAAGAGUAUAACCCCCUGGCAUCAGCGAGGGAUUCGUUGUCAAUGCGAUCAAUGAAGAUUGAUGACACGGAAGACAAGAUAGGCAAAGCUUUUACAUCAAAUCAACCUAUGACUGGACACUUUUUGCAAGAAUCAAAGGGGUUUCGGUAA